AUGGAUAUGUUAUAUUAUCAGUUUGCAAAGAAUGCCCGUUUCCAAUAAACGCCUCCUAUCUAUUGAACGCCACUUCUCGUCAGGUCCAAAUCUGAGCGAAGUAGGGGGCUUUUAGCGGCAAAAUAGUGUAACAAGAAGCAACUUAUGCAGCGCUUACGAAAAAGACACAAUUUUUCUUUCAAAAAUGGUUCAUUUUCAUUUAAACAUUUUACUUUUUCGUCGUUCUUUCGCGAGACGAGCGCAAUCAAUUCUGUGUAUAUAUUGGUUUAAUUUGCCAUCCAAAAGGUCACGUAAUCUUUAGCGCAAGUCCCCUAAUGAACAUAGUUCCAGUUAUAACAAGAAAUUUGGGCUAUCCCAGUUUGAGUUAGUCGAGUUUUGCUAUUCGUUGAUUGAAGAUGCUGUGGUUCGUGGCCGAAAAAGUUAUCGGAAUGGGAUUCGAUUUGAAUUAAAACCUACCCAAAUCGGCUGAAAAUGGAACCGAACCCGUGUAUUCGUUCUAAUUAUGAGGCGCGCGCGUUUCGUCACGACCUCAAUAAUGACGUCACAAUGGUAAUCAUACAUUCCCGCAGUGCGCCAAUGAUCGGUAUUUAGCCAUGCUUUGGCUUAUCGUGGGCGCUAUUUUAGGCACUAUCUUAGGGAUUGUUGAAUAUCUCUACCCAGAACUACAGCUACUAUAUUUGCCGAAACUCAUUGCAGGAAAGACAUGUAAUUUGAUUUUACAAAUUGAAGGAUCGUCAUCUUCGGAUCUACAAUCAGUGUUCCUGGAGGCAGGGCGCGGGAGUUUCGGAUACUCGACGAUCACACAUAUUCCAGAUGUCUUUGGCACCAGUUUUAAUUUGCCAGUGAACAUUGUGGCGGAUGGCACAGCCCUCGCAGUCGUCCCCAAUGAGGCACACCCACCCCCAUGGGAGCAGCACAUCCCGUUCAUCUGGACCUAUCUGGCGACGACCGUGAUACUCGUCAUUAUCGUCCUGCUGGUCGACGCCUUGACAAAGAGCGAUGCUGAAAUGCGAGUGUUAAAACGUAGACCAACGAGCAGACGGCACAAAAGGGAGGACAAGAAAUCUCGAGGUCUUAAAAGGCACAAGAAGCCUAAGAGUGAGCAGCUUCCUCUCUAUAGGCUACCAAAGUCCAAGUCUCUCCCUGAGAUGCGUAACCCUGCAAUCACUGCCUUGCCUCGUUCAAGCUCCUUCAGUAACAUGGACUUAAAGGGAGCCAAGCACUCCACACUUGAAGACGCGGUUUGCAGGAUCCGAGCCCUUGCACAGUCCCCUGUUAUAACGACUGCAGGUCAAUCACUUCUUGAUGCUGUCAAAAUCGAUUGCAUUUCGAUUGCUAGGUCGAACUCCUUGCCAAGUAUUAUUGGGAACCCUCCUUCGGAGAGCGCUAUAAAACCACGCUUGGUAAAAAGCCUGCCUGUUGCAGCAGCCGGCGCAAAAUCUACUGAGAUUGGACCGACUGUACAUACGCUCCGUAGUUGUAGCCUAAUCGGGAGACUUCUCACCCGCAUCAAAUUCAAAAACACAGGAACUAGAUACACGGCGCAGGAUAACAAGAACGAGGAGUCAAGGGGGAGGCUCAAAACCGUCCCAAUGAAGAUCGCAAAGUUUAAAACAUCCUCCAUUUCUGAUUUAACGGCUGGGAGCAAGAAGGCCACAGGGCGAGAUAAAGCUUCUACUCAAAGAUCCAUUUCCGAGCCUUCCUUGUCAGUAGGAAGAUCUAGCAAGGGUCAAGACCAUCUGAAGAAGCCUUCCUUAAUUGCCCGUGUUCUCAGUGUGCUCAAAAGGUUCAAAUCAAAGAGACCAUCAAGAUCUACCUCAGCUGAUGUUGUUAGUCGGACCCCCGCUUAA